AUGGCAACUGACUCGGGAGAUAAUGUUGGGGUGAAGGAUGAUGCUCGCGUGGACCCAAUGGACACUAAAGCCACUGCGGAUGAUUCUCAAGCGUCCGAUAACGACAACGCUGAGCGCCCUGUUCGCCACAAGCUAAAGGAGACAUCCAUCACCUCGGCCCCGAACGCUUGGACAGCUGGCACUUCCACUGAGCAACAACGGGACAGCGAAAAUAGCCGUUCGAGCAGCAGGGGCAGGAAGCGAUCAUUCGACGAGGACCAGCCCGAGAAUCUGGAUGAGGAAAACGGUCAUAGACGGAAGAGAUCACGCGACUCUAAGGCUGAUGAGGAUGAGGGCAUUACUUCAUCAAAUGCGCCCGAGGCAGAGGGAGAGAAGACACACACCACAGACAUUGCCAGAAAAAUCCUGAGCCCAAAGAAGAAAAGAAGCCGGGACCAACUGGAUAAGGAUGAGCCAAAGGCCGAAAGCACCGUCGAUGACAGUAAGGCUCCCGCAGAAAAUGGCGCAUCCGAGACGACUGCAGGAGAGCCUGAGAAGAAGCGGCACAGGGACGCUUCCCAAGAAAGAGGAUCGGUCCCUCUUAAGAGCGCAUUUGCAAACACAUCUGCUGUUUCUCCUUUCGGCUCGCUUGGUGCCUCGAAGCCCAAGGAAGAAACCUCGAAGCCGGCUGCCACAUCCUCAUCUGCAUUCGCUGCUUCGAGCCUGGCCGCUUUUGCUAGCUCGGAGCAGUCACCUUUCGGCGCCAUAGGAGGUUCUAACACAUCUGUCUUUAAGUCAGCAACUACUACUGAAGCUACCAAGCCAGCCGCUACUGGAUUCGCGAGCGCCGCUGGCACCUCCGGGUUUGCAUCUCUGGGUUCCGGAUUCUCAGGGUUCAGCGGUGGGUUUGGGGCUGCUGGUUCAAAGGGCGGUCUCACUAGCUUCGCUGCACCAGGGGGGCCCGGUAUUCUCGGCAGUUCUAGCAAGGGUAAGCCGUUUGGAGCAGAAGCGGACGGGGAAGAAGAAGAAAAAGAAAAGGAUCAAGAAGCCGAUACUGCGCCUGGAGAAUUCGAACAGGAGAAGACAGACGAAAGAUUCUUUGAACGGCCGAUCGAGACAGGAGAGGAAGAAGAGAAAACCUACUUCUCAAGCAAAGCAAAACUCUUCCAGUUCUCAAAUGGAGAGUGGAAGGAGCGUGGCAUUGGCACCUUCAAGGUUAAUGUCAAGGUUACCGAUGGUGAAGAGGACAAGAAGGCUACUCGCUUGAUCAUGCGCGCCGACGGUGUUCUACGAGUAAUGCUAAACACGCCCAUUUUCAAGGGCAUGAAGGUUGGCGAUGCGUCAGGCAACGAGCCCAAGUCCAAGCAGAUCCACCUAGCAAGUCUGGAAGAAGGUCGAUCGGUCCCUACCUUACUGAGGAUGCCAAGCGAGGAUCUUGCCAGGGAGCUCUAUCGCGUUGUCUGUGACCUACUGGAACAUCAGUAA